AUGGCCAAGGCACGUGUGGAGCCACACGGGCAGUGGAGCACGAGUGCGGUACCGACCAUCUCCCAGCUGGUAUCGACCUCUGCCCCUUUGCCUGCUGGUGGAGGUGCCCAGACCCCCCCUUGUGCAUCCGAAUGUCAGUCCGUGACUGUGGAGCUGCCAUCGGAGGCAGUGAACAGGCUGCAGAAGGCUGCCUUCCCUCAGGGAGAAACACCUGAGCCUCCAGCUCUGCUGCCUGCGUGCGGGGAGAGGCUGCGAGGGACCCUCGCCUUCGUUCCUGCCCUCCUGCGCAGCCAGCCCCCACGGUCCCCCAGCCCUGUCUGUGGCUCCUGGCACCCUCUGCCCACCACGCGAGCGGCGCAGCUGGCAGCUCCCAGGCUGCAGUUAAUUUUUAAUUAUUAUCUGUUUCUUUAUCAAAUCUAUUCUUUUGGAAGAUAACUAGGACAAGGCAGCUUUGGGGUAGUAACUGAAGUAAAACACAGGACUACCAGCAAGAAAUGGGCCAUCAAGAAAGUUAACAGGAAAAAGGGUGGAAGUUCUGCCAUGAAACUACUUGAACAGGAGGUGAGCAUCUUAAAGAUAGUGAACCACGAUCAUAUAGUACACUUAGAAGAGAAGUUUGAGACUCCAAAGCAGAUGUAUCUUGUGAUGGAGCUGUGUGAGGAUGGAGAACUUAAAAAAAUUCUUAGUAGUAAAGGACAUUUUACAGAAAAUGAGACAAGGCACAUCGUUCAGUCUUGCUUCAGCAACAGCCAUUUUAUUUCUUACUCUCUCUUGUCAGAUAUUGUUCCCAGAGAUCUAAAACUGGAAAACAUUUUAGUUAAAAGCAGUGACACAGAUGAAGUAAAUGAAAUUAAAUCAAACAUAAAGUUGACUGACUUCAGUUUAGCUGUAUAAAAAACUGGCAGUAGUGAAAGCAUGUUUCAGUCUAUCUGUGGGACUCCUGUAUGCACAGCCCCUGAAGUUAUCAGUGCCUAUGACUACAGCCAACAGUGUGACAUUUGGAGCAUAGGUGUCAUCAUGUACAUGCUGUAA